GAAAGUCAGAAACGCGGAGCUGGAACACCCGCCCGACGCUUCGCUCGCGCGGCAGCCGACGGCGACUUGUUCCGGCCGCCAGAGCGCCCGAAGUAGGGAGGACACCCUCCUCCUUGCUUCUCUCUCCUUUCUGCGCCUUCUCUCCCGGACAGCCACUACGCGGCUUCUGACACGCAACCUUCGGCGCGAACACUCGACGUCGCUUGUCGUCGUCGACGGUGGUAAACAACGGAUGCCAGCUCGGACGACGGGUCUGACGACGACGACGACCAGCACGACGACAACGUCAGCGCCGCCGGUGCCGAGAACGACCUCGCGGCUGUCCGCCUAACGCCUGUACGCAAGCGAGGCACCACCUCGCCGUCGAGCCUACGCCGAGCGGGUGGUCUGCUGGCCACCGUUAGAAAGGGACGAGGCCGCCGUAGAGACACGUCCCGGAGGAAAAACACAUACACUGUGAGGACAGCGGGUGAAAGCGAAGUUGUGAACGUCGGGGGAUCACGCAGAAAACGACCUUAACCCUUUUGUCUUGUCGCCGCGUGCGCUUGCCUUACGAAGCCGAGACAAUGGUCCUUCGCCACCAUCACCACGGCGGACAGGUGCAACCGCCUUGACGGGUGCCUCUCGCCGGAGCCACUUUCGCGCCAACGGGUUGUCACUGAGAAGAAACGCCUGAGCCCACUUCUCCGAGCAUCGUAGGAGACCGAGCAUGCCUGAACAGAGCAACGACUACAGGGUUGUAGUGUUUGGAGCCGGCGGUGUCGGGAAGAGCUCCCUGGUGCUACGCUUUGUCAAAGGAACGUUCCGGGAAAGCUACAUCCCCACCAUUGAAGACACCUACAGACAGGUGAUCAGCUGCAACAAGAACGUGUGCACGCUCCAGAUCACGGACACGACGGGCAGCCACCAGUUUCCCGCCAUGCAGAGGCUCAACAUCUCCAGGGGGCACGCGUUCAUCCUCGUCUACUCCAUCACCUCGGCCCAGAGCCUGGAGGAGCUCAGGCCCAUCUUCGAAAUCAUACGAGAGGUGAAGAGCGGCGAGACGGAGGGCAUCCCGAUCAUGCUGGUGGGCAACAAGUUCGACGAGGCCGAGUCCCGCGAGGUGCCGCCCGAGACCGGCCAGGAGCAGGCCAAGCGAUGGUCGUGCGGCUUCCUCGAGACGUCGGCCAAGACCAACCACAACGUGCGCGAGCUGUUCCAGGAGCUGCUCAACAUGGAGAAACGCCGCUCCGUGUCGCUCCAGCUGGACACCAAGAAGACCAAGUCGCAGCUUCGCAAGGAGAAACUCAAGGGCAAGUGUCUCGUCAUGUGAGGAAACACCCCCCCGACGAUCCACAGGAGAGAGACGUCGAAGCGCCGCUGCAAUGAAGAGGAGAAGAAGGACCGCCACGGCAGCUGGAAGGUCGCGACUCGAUGUACCACGUAGAGCCACACCAAUACACAAACAUACACGAAAAUACACGCACACAAACACGCGCGCGUAAACAUUCGGCGGGAGCUCGGGCACACGUGAGCGACCAAACCACAAGCACGUACCUACAUGGCCGCGUUUGCUUGCGCGUCAGAAGGGUGCGUCGUCUGUCGGCGUCGCCGCAUCGAGACUCGGAGUUGCCGCCGUCUGCAGAGAAUACGUCACGCGUUACGUGCACUUGAUAAACGCCUGCAACCGCUCUUACCAGCUGGCUACUUGGGCUGAGUACUGACGAGCAGCCACUGAUGCCGACGCCGGGCGACGCGACGCGUGGCAAAACGUCCCAUGGGGGUGGCGCUUCAAAGCCGAACUCCUAGGCAACCUCGCAAGGUUUUGGCGCUUUCUCUUCUACCCGCCUUAUUUUAGGUUCGCCGUUCCUUGCCUCCCUUUUGAAAAAUAGGUGCGGGCUUCUAUUAGCAUCGUGGCUAAAAGGACCUGAGGUUUGUGUGAGUCUCCUCUAAAAUUUCGUAGCUGUCCGUUUUCAAGUGAGCUUGGAAGGAACGCAUCAAUAAUGGGCAGUGAGUCUAUUGCGCCGUCUAGUGCGAACUUGUGCCUCCAGAGAUUUCCGAAACCUGUCUCAUUUUCAUUUCGCUGCACCUCACAAAAGAACGUUCUGGCCAGAAUAUAGAAUCUUUAUAAACAGCUUAUAGACUUAUUUCUCUAAAUUUAAUGUCGACUUAUAUCUGUAGACUUACGUUUCUGCAAACUGCUCGUCUGAUAAUUUUUAUCCAACAAUCUGACCAAAGUCUCCAAAUACUUUCAUCUAUCCCCAGUUUUGUAUACUUGAUACAGACAAAGGAUAAGUCUAUAAAUAUGCAAGGCAGUCUAUCAACACACAAUAUAUAUUCAUUUUUAGAAGGUGCGGCGCUUUUCACUGCUUCCCGCAAUGGUCGGCAGCUCGAGGAUAUCAUGUACAGACACCAAUGUUGCGUGGAUAAAUGACAUUGGCUCGUAUCGUUGCGUAUGGAAAGUACAUUGAAUAUUACAUCACUCAUGGCCGGUAGCUAAUAAUAGCGAGCCAGCGCUAUCACAACUACGGUUUCGUUUCUCUUGUUCUGGUGGCUGCCGGUCACACUGUCUACCAGUGAAGUUUUGACAGCGCCAGUUCUGACUUCGUUCUGGCAACCGAAACUUUGAGGAGAGUCGCACAUUCGCAUCAAGUUCUUUCUUGUCACCGAUUGCUUCCUACAGCGAAGGUCGCAACGUGAACCAAGACAACCUGUUUCAGGAACCCGGCUGCGAAUUUCUCGGCGAAAAGUAGUUCAACCAACACUGACAGAGUUAUUUCUUGCGCUAAUUUCUUCCGGGUUUUGUUUCUGGCUGCACGUGUCUAAACACAGCGGCGGAGCGUGUAAACCUGCUCUCUGACAACUCUGGCCCAGGUCUUAUUAUGAGGGACUACACGCGAGCGCGCAACGCUGCGUCUGUUGUAUAUCACCCACUGACCCAUGAUUUGAAGUUAUCGGGAGUGUUUGUGCGCGCCACAUCCCCUACUGGUGUCAAAAGAUGUUUCAGCAUCGUAUUUCCGAAAAGAAAGGUCGUGGUGUGCUUGAAAUAAUUUUCCAUGCCACCGUCAGUUCGCAACUGUCUCGAAGCUGCACCAGACAAUGGGUAUGGUUAGGGCUUGAGAACAGAUAGGAGAUCGUGCAAAGCGAUUGUUAAGAUGCAAGCAACUGACGCUCGCCUAUCCAUGCCGGACACAAACACUUUUCGCAUGUCACACUCUGGUUUGAAUACGGUUGUCCUGAAUCUUGCACUCAAAGUUUUACCCGAAACCGACACUUUCAACUGUGCCGUUUCUUCGAGGCUGUUCGUGAAACUACAUCCACAGACACACACAGACAUGAAGAAACUCUUUCCCUUCGUUCCCUUUUCACAUUUUUGGUACUUGGUACUUGUGCUAACCUGACCGUGCUAAGGGCCAGGACGUACUCACCGAUUUUUAAGAAAACACAAACAGCGAGCAGCGAGGUGCUCGUCUUGCCUGAUGUACCGCUACGCGAUACCAUAUCCGAAACGUCUGUACUUAAGGUUUGUGUUCGACAGUGUGUGUACCUUGUUGACAAGAUGACAACUAUUGUUACUGUUGAGAUAUAUUGUUUGUUCGCUGUGAGUAAUCGCGAGAAUGCAAGGAGGGUCUAUCGUUACGCGGUGCCUGGGUAAACAAGUGAUAGAGGAAGGAAGGCAAGGAGAACGGGAAAGUGUCAUUGGGUGCCUUGCUGGUGACGUCACAAACGACGUUCUGAACGAGCUGCUUUUAGAAAAACGUUUCGCUGAUGCUGCCCCCGAGUAGCAGUUCUGUCGUGAGCUUGAGUCCAGCUCUUCUGAAGAGUUACAGUAGUUGUGACAACGAGAGCCAAAUGUUGUUGGAUUAACUGCUUGUUCGGAUCAAUGCCAUCACUUCAAGAAAAGGUCUCAAGGGUUAGUGUUCACAACGUGUCACCCUCAAGAGAACAGCUAUCUAUUACUGCGCGGUCAAGCUCUAUUCGGAUAACGAAUGCGGAGCUGCUAAUUUAUAUCUACGAGGCCGCCUCGGAAAGCACAACAUUGUGUAAAUUUGGGUAAAAAAAUAGCAGUAAUCCUUUACGUAUGGACGCAGUUUAUAUGUGCGUCACUUUAAUUUUGCAGAUGUGUCCCAAAAUAGCCAAGACACCCAUAUGAAUGAUAGAUAUGCGCACAUAUUCACGAUAAACGUCUCUUGAAAGUCGAGGUGCUCAGUCUUCGAACAGCAUUAAAUCAUUGAUUCUUACAAACUCGGUCAGGCUCGUGUCGUUCUAAGCGUACAAACUUCGCGAAAGGCAGCACUACAGACAAGUGACGUCACUGCGAAGGCUUCCAUUCAGGAAACCAUAUCCAGCAAACACAUUCGCUUUGAAGGCGGUGAAAUAAUAAUGAAACGCCGCGUGUUAUUUACAGUUUACCUGCAUUGUCUGCUAGCGAAUACGGUCGAUGGACAACAAAGGGGUAUUCUUUCCCGUUCGCCUAUGCCUCGGGUGUGAUACGGCACGCAUUUCCGCUCGCAGAUGGCUCGUAUAUUUUUUCCUGUGCUUUUUCUUACUGCAUAGCUUUUACCGCAUAGCCCUGAAGAAAUUUAUAGACGACAUAUAUUUUCUCAUUUUGUUACGUUGAAAUGACUAUAUUUACGGAGCGUUACGAGUAGGGUCACGCGAAGCAGACUUUGAACCAUUUUGGCAUGUUUGAACAAUAAACGUGGCGGCUGCGCCUUUUUCUUUUCUUU